AGUGUUUUUAUUUUCAGGUUAUUUGGUAAUUGAAGUUUCAAGUUCUGGUUAACAGGAUGGCUUCAUUUGAAGAAAAUGAUGUUAAGAUCAUAGUGGGAGCUUUUGGAGAUCUAGAUGGUCAAGAGCUUAGGAAGAGGGAAGAACAAGGAAGAAGAUCUUACUUAAAAGAAGACGACUCCAAAAGAAAGUCAAAACGGGGAAUAGGAUGCCUUAAAGAGAUUGGGCUAGGAUUGAUUGGAUUUGGUGUAAUGUUUACUCUGGUCGGAGUGUUUCUCUUCUAUGACAGGAGUUUCGUUGCCAUUGGGAAUAUCCUCUUUCUGUCUGGAGUGACCUUAACCACUGGAGUGAUGUCUACUCUGCAAUUUUUCAUGAAACGGCGAAAUUUUAAGGGUUCUGCCUCCUUUUCUGUUGGUUUCUUCCUCAUUAUGAUGGGAUGGCCUGUGCUAGGCUUGAUUGGAGAGAUCUAUGGUCUUUUUUUGUUGUUCAGGUAAAACCUAUUUCUUGCAUCCUUGUGACUCACUAAGAAUAAACCUUGUUCGCUAAUAAGGCGCACUAUAUAAUGCAGUGGUUUUUGGCCCGCAUUUGCUGUUUUCCUAAGGAAGUUACCUAUCAUCGGUGGAUUG